AUGUCUUACUUAAAUAACCCAGCCGUUGUGAUGGACAACGGUACCGGGCUGACCAAGUUGGGUUUUGCAGGCAAUGACUCGCCCUCUUGGAUUUUCCCAACGGCGAUUGCGACGUCGCAAGGUACAGCUACUGGCUCGAACAAGAACAAGGCGCAGGCUACUGGCGGGUCCAACGCCGGUGGUAGCAACCCGUACUUCGGGAACUCGACGUCGGCGACCUCUUUCAACAACCUUAGCUCGCAGAUGCUUAUGUCCAACAACUUGGCAGGGAAAAGAGGUACCGAGGAUCUCGAUUUCUAUAUCGGUAAUGAAGCUCUGAUCGCCUCACAAGGUGCCUCCUACUCGCUAAGUUACCCAAUCAGACACGGGCAGGUUGAAAACUGGGACCACAUGGAGAGAUUCUGGGAAAACUCUAUCUUCAAGUACUUGAGAACGGAGCCGGAGGACCACUUCUUCCUGCUGACCGAGCCACCACUGAACCCACCGGAAAACAGAGAGCAGAUUGCUGAGAUUUUCUUCGAGUCCUUCAACUGUGCAGGUCUUUACAUCGCUGUCCAAGCUGUGCUUGCCCUUGCCGCCUCCUGGACGUCGUCCAAAGUCGUCGACCGGUCUCUAACAGGUACCGUCAUCGACUCCGGUGACGGUGUCACGCACGUGAUUCCUGUUGCUGAAGGGUACGUCAUUGGUUCUGCGAUCAAGAACAUCCCAAUCGCAGGGAGAGAUAUCACGCAGUUCAUUCAGACUUUACUGAGAGAACGUGGUGAAGCUGACACGUCGCUGAGAACAGCGGAGCGUAUUAAGCAGGAGUACUGUUACGUGUGUCCCGAUAUCGUUAAGGAGUUCAACAAGUUUGACAGGGACCCUGAGAAGUUCGCACAGUACGUUGUCGAGAAUCAGGAGAAGACGCAAAAAAAAGUGGUCGACGUCGGUUACGAAAGAUUCCUGGCUCCAGAAAUCUUCUUCAACCCAGAGAUUGCCUCCUCCGACUUCUUGACACCAUUACCUACUAUAGUAGAUCAAACAAUCCAAGCAUGCCCCAUUGAUGUCAGAAAAGGUCUUUACAACAACAUCGUGCUAUCUGGUGGCUCCACCAUGUUUAAAGACUUUGGGCGCCGUUUGCAAAGAGAUCUGAAGUCAAUUGUCAAUAACAGAAUUGCUCAGAAUGAACUGUUGAGCGGGACGAAAUCCACUGGUGUUGAUGUGUCAGUGAUAUCUCAUAGAAAGCAAAGAAACGCCGUUUGGUUUGGUGGCUCCCUUCUGGCACAGACAGCCGAAUUCAAAAGCUACUGUCAUACGAAGAAAGAUUAUGAGGAAUACGGUCCUGAAAUAGUGAGAAACUUCAGUUUAUUCAACAUGGUGUAA